GGCCGCUCUGCCGGAAGUGGCUUGAGGAGGCAUGGCGGCGCUGGCGCGGGCCGCGAGCUGCCAGGCUGAAGUAACUCAAUGGAUAGCAGCUUGCAGUGGCCUAUUACAGACAGCCAUGGUCCAAGGCCAGUGUAGGAGGAUGCUUCAUGGUAUUUUCCAGAGAUGCAAGACCGGCCAGUUCCAGCUGCCUAAAGCCUGUGGUGGAUUGAUUGAAGCCAGUGGAGCCAAAAUGCAUCAGAAUAGAUUGAUUUACAGUACAAAUAAGCAGCUUUCUGCAAAAGAUUCUGUGCAGGCAUCUGAGGAGAAAGUGGGUCCUUUCACAAGGAUAAUAGAAGCGAUGGGUUUCACAGGUCCACUGAAGUACAGCAGAUGGAAAAUUAAGGUAGCAGCUUUGCGCAUGUACACGUGCUGUGUGGAGAAAACUGACUACGAGGAAUUUUUUAACAGGUGCCAAAUGCCUGAUACAUUGAAUUCAUGGUUUCUAGUAGCCCAGCUUCAUGUCUGGAUGUGUCUGGUGCGAAUGAAGCAGGAGGGUCGAGCAGGAAAAUACAUGUGUCGCUAUAUUGUCCACUGCAUGUGGGAGGAUGUUGAGCAGCGUGGCAAGGUGAUGGGGAUUAAUUCUGUUGUUCUAAAGCAAGAUUUGAGAAGUAUGGUGGAAAAUUUCUAUGCAGCUCUGUUUGGAUAUGAUGAGGGAAUCCUGUCUGAUGAUCACGUUCUGGCAGCAGCUCUGUGGAGGAACCUUUUUAACAGGAACUGUGAGGACCCUCGGCAUCUGGAGUUACUCGUGGAGUAUGUGCGCAAGCAGGUGCAGCACCUGGAUGCACUGAGCGGGGAGGACCUGCUGCUGACAGGUGAGGUGAGCUGGAGGCCUCUCGUGGAGAGCAACGCUCGCAGCAUCCUCAAGCCCCUUUCUCCUGUUUACAACGACGAAGGACUCUGAGAGCAUUCGUCAAAGCAGCUUGGGAAACAGGCCUGAAACUGAAUUGGGCUGAGGCUGUGGGAUCAGGAAGGAAAGUUUGCUGUUGAAAAAGAAUGUAUUUAAAUAGAUGUCUUACCUGUGGUGACUUGGUAGCAAAUUGGACAGCCAUAGUCUUCUGAAUUUUCACCUGGCUUGAGAACCUCUGUUCUUUUUAUGGCACAGAGUGGUCCUUGCACGCAGAUUGCAAGACCUGCCUUCCAUCUUUGGGAAAACAGCUAUUUUAACCGUGAUUUAGUUAUCUCCAGAAGCCAUUUCUAUCCCUUGCCUCAUUUGGAGAGCUGCUACCUACAGAAACAAUGGUAUUCCUCUGCUGGCUUGAAUGGUUGUGAAUACAAAUCUGUGCUUUGCAUUGUAGACAUUAAUGAAUUCUAAAAGCCUGGUAUCAAGAAAGAACGGCCCAUUUUUCUUUCAUAGAGUUAAGAAUUAUUUAUCAGGUUCUGAAGGAUUUUCUAUGAAAAUCCUUCUUAGGAACUCUCUGCUCUGUUGCACAAGAAUAGGAGGAUGCAAGGAAUAAUGCACAGUCCUCAGUAGUCCUCUGUGACUGUAGCCAUCUUAAUGAAGAAAGAGUCUGAAACGUGUUUGGGCUGCCACCCAAGGCUGUCUCAGAGUGCUUGGUAUUUCAGAGGAGCUCUGCCCUGCUGAUAGCUCCAUAUCCUUUUUAGAGCUGUGGUCUAAGAAUUUCUUCCUGAAAUGACAUCUCUGUUUCUGUCCAUGGCUCUUAAUGGCAUAGGACCGUGCUGCCUUCCACCCCAAAGCAGUGGUCCAGGGCUUUUCAACAAGACCUAUCAACCCCAGCUAACAGUUGUUAUGGCUGUGCAAGCAAAUUACACUGAUCCAGUAAUUAUGGGAGCCGGAGCUCCACUAAUUAAACCAGCAGAGGCUGAGGUGUACUGCAUAGGUGGAUGGUUCACAGGGCUAUUUUCAGGCCAAAACAGUUUUCAUUUUACUCCUGUCAAAAUUGCAGUUGGUAAUAAAUGCCAUUCUGGGUACAAUCCAUGCGUGUGCAUUUUCUAUGCUCUGCAAGACUUUGAUAAGAAUCAGCCCUCUGAUAUUAAGGCGUAUUCCUAAUAAUAGUAUUAUGCAAAAGUCAAGGGUGAUAAUUCUUUAGUUGAUGAGGUGAUGUUUCCGUUGAAAUUGUGACUGCCUGGAUGUGACUGUUCUUCUUUCUGAAGCUGUUUUGGUGAGUACCUGACAUCCCUCCUCUGAACAGCAGUUGGGUGUAGCAUACAGGCUCCCAAACACUGGCUUGCUUUUUUUUUUUCCCCUUUGCCUUCUCUUAAGGAGCCUUCUCUGUAUAAAAAAGGCAUUUUGUUAUUUUUUUUUUUCCAGGGCGAACUUCCUCAGUUUAACUUGUUAUAAAAUGAGUCAUGUAAAGAAACCCUCAAUGUGUGAGGUGUAUCCCUUCUCUGUGAAAACAUUACAGACCAAACAACUUGCUUGCAGUUUAUUUAAGAUGCUUUUGUUGAAAGCUGAGCUAAGCAGAGAAACCUCUUAUGUGUGAAGUAUUAUACAGUGUGUGUGAGAUAAUAACACCUUGUAAUUCAUUACAGCUGGGUUGUAUUUACAUAAAAGAAGGCUGAGCUGUGUAGGAAUUUGCUGAUUAAUUUAUUUUUAAUGGGAGUGAAGUAUACCAAGUACCAAAAUAAACUUUACUUUGUGUAUCUUACUGCUCCUGAAAUAGGUGGAAAAAUUAAUGGUAGAUAUUUUGGCUCAAAGCUACAUACAUUAAUUCACAUACAAAACAGUCAUUUAAACUUUAACCCCUUUCCUGCUAUGUAAUUUAAACCUGGACUCGUGUUACCCAUGCCAUGGGAACACAGGACUGGGCAUACAUCACCUCCUAAGGCAGAGCACCCGGUGCUGGAUGCUGCUUGGAGCUGUGUAGUGGCUGUGGUGUUGAUGCUGCAGGGCCAGCAAGGCGGCAGCAUUCAUGGGACCAUUAGCCUGGGGACAGCACUUGCCUUUGGUGGUAUGGGUGUGGGACAGCCAAAUGGCCAAAACUGAAGCUUCUCCUCGGUUUAUGGGCAAGAGGCUUCAGAGUUCAUAGUGCUGGUUUGUGGUUGAUGUCAUCUGCUUUUGUAGUUAUUAAUAUGAGGAUGGAAAGACCUAUAAUCUUGGUGCAGAAGAUGCCUUCAACCGCCCCACUGUUAUGGAGCCGAGCCAGCGGUCACGGUGUGUUUUGGACAGAAAGGUGUGGGACAUGCUAAGAGAACAAGGUAGAUGCUGUCUGUGAAUUAAUAGUCAUCCCUUUUAAAGAGGAGACAUGCACUGGAGGCUGCACAGGACCAGAGAAGACUGCUUCCCAGCCAUUAGUUACCUGGAGACAGCGUUUGGAUGUAAAGUACGAGUCCUGCUCUUCAGAGAUGCAUGCCAAUAGGCUAGAAACAUGCCACUGCCUGCAUCUUAUGGCACCUUUACAACCAGAAUUUAGGGUCCUUGAGAGAGAAUAUACAUUGCCAGUAGCAAAAUCUGCACCUUGCAAGCACUGCAGCAGCAAUGAUCAGCAGUUAAACGAUUGCUAUGUACAGAAGUGCAGCGAAACACAGUUAUUUUAACUGAAUGUUCCAAAGGCUGCUUUCCCAUUGUGAAGGUUUUGCAAAGGGAAUCGUUAGAAGUGUUUUGUUUAUGGACAGUUCUUUCUGCUGCAUCAGCCUGGGGGCACUGACUGUAUUUUAAGUGAAUAAAUGGAUGUACAUUUCUUCUGGAAGGAGCCGUGUUGAGCACUUAGUCAUCCAGCCUGCUCUCCUGUGUCACCUACAGAGUUUGGAGAUUGCUGUUCAUUCUAAAGGAGUUGUUCCCCUAUUGUCAAGAGAGACAAGCCUCUGCAAGCACUCAUUUCUGCUAGAUUGUGGCUUCCUUGUUUCUGUGAACAGCAAGCAAAGGCUGACCCUUGGUGUCCUUUCCUCUUGUGCAGCAGCAGGAGCGCAGGAGUGUUCUGCCUGCAGAGCCAAACCUGGGAUGUCUCUUGCUGCAGUUAUAUUUUGAGAUGUGCUGGGGCUGGGGGCAGCCAUCUGAUACCCUUUUGGAUCCCUGAUCUUUAUUUUGGGUGGUGACAUGUUUUUCUGCAGUUUGUUCCUGUGUUCACAUCUCUUGUUGGUGUUUGUAUCUAACAGUUUUCUCCUUUUUCUCAAGACAGCUACAGCACUAAGAUUGCAAGCAUCCUCAGUGAUGUGUGUGUU